UUGCACAACACACUAGCUGUACCUACCAUGCCAUAAAGUGUGUGAUUCGGCGUACAAUAGUUAUUUAAUUUUGUCGAAUUGUUUAAUUACUGCAAAUAUCCAGCGAUGACUUGUUGAGUUGACCAAGCAAAUGCAACAAGUAUCAUACUACAACAGUAUGCAGUUGUUUAGAAAAAUGUGAAACGUGAUGCCAAGUCUGUGAUGAAGAUGAUCGAAUGCCUACCACCACCGUUGAAAAGUUAUACUACCGGUGUUACGGACCGGGCUCGUGUUUGACAGAUCAGUGGACCGGAAUAUUUCACCGCUGAACGGUAGAGCAAGGACGUGUGUGCUCGCUCUGUUCCCCGGUGACUUUUGUAUACGUAUGGCGCGGAGUGGGGACGACCUCAUCAGCUGUAAACGCGAUGCAAAACUGGAGAACUUUCUCAAGCAGAAGCUUGGGGACCAUGUCUUCGAGAGGAUCAGGGCAUAUGAGGCCUGCAUUGCACAGUCCCGAAAAGUCAAGAGAGGUUACAAGUUUGUGGUUUUGAGCGAUGAGAAGAUUUAUAUCACAGACAACCCGCCCAAGGUAAUCAGAGCCGAAGAGUCUGUUCAUCUCGGAGAUGUCACGUCCAUCAAUCUCGUGAACGAAUUUCCAGAAUUUCUGAGUGGAGAAGUCCGAGACAACUCGCAGCACAUCUGUGUGAAGUAUAAAGCCAUCGUGCCGGUAACUCGUAGUAGACUAAACCUCUUAAACAGACGAGCAGGAAAAACUGACAAGAAGACCGGCAGCGAUGAGGAUAGGGUUAAGAGCAACAGCAGCAGCAGUAACAGCUCACCGAUACUUCGGCUCACCUCACCAAAGGGUGAAACAGGUGAUGUCUCCGACGAAGGAAACCGUAGGGCCAGUUUGAACGGGAAGGCAGUGAGCUUGAGACUCAACCGCAGUCUUGACGAGUCUGACCUUUGCUUCUUGCGUAGUCAGAGCAGCCUGUUGGGCAGUGAUGACGAGGAGCAGCAUGACCGCCUGUCUUUAUCGCUGCCUACAAGUGCCCUGAAAAAGCUUAGGGUGGGCAGCAGCUCUCAGGAGAGCAGUAGCGUGGAUGACGAUGAGGACUUAGAGGCACUCAACAACAACAAAGUCAAGAAAGUCGAUACCUGUCGCCCGCUUCCGAAGAGGCCUCCAGGUAAUCCUGGCGACACAAUCCAGAACAUUGACAUUCCAGACACUCUGACCACAAACUUUGCAACAACUCUAGCAACACCCGAUCAAACCUCCUCAAGGAAGAGCAGCCUUACAUCACACCGCUCUCUUCCCUCGCCGGAUGCUGGUGAACGGAAGAAAUCUGAGCCGUUCCAGUUUCCGUCCUCGAAACCAGAAAGACCGGAACCAACCCGGAGGUCCAACUCCAUAGAUCAAGGCAGAAAUGGCACGGAGAGGCAAAAGAUGUUCAAGUCUAAGAGUCUAGACUCUUCCUCGUCGAAGAGCGACAGCAGCAGCGUUGGAGAUGAAGGAGAACAAGAGGAGAGGAUGGAAGAAGUAGAAGAGGAGCUGCAUCUCUACUUGCUGACUAUCUCCUCGCCAUUCUUGAUGCGUGUUAGAAGCUCCUGGAACAAUUUCAUUGUGCGAUCAACUUUACUGAAGGACCCCAAGGUGGCCAGCCGUAUGGGUACUGGCAAGAGUAGCAGCAAGCAACGCUUACCCUCAAGGGAGGUUCUCGAGAGACAAUUCCAACAGCUGAAGUCAGAGAUAACCAACUCUGCUAACUCCAUGCCUGAUGUGUUUCAACUGGUCCAAGAACUCUGUAACGCUGCAGAAAAAUAUUUUGUGCUGAAGAAACUCUUCUGGAAGACCGAGGAUCUGUUUGAGUUUAUGAUUGCUCAGCUCAAUCGCUACCUGCCAAAGUCUGAACUGAACCUGCAGAACAAUGAGCGGGGAAGACACCAUCGAGCUGAUGAGUUGGAGUUGGCCAUUUUGCUGAUUGAGAGUUUGGGGUUGAUGUUUCGAGAGACAGAGAUGGCUCCCGGGAGGCUGAGUACUGUCAAAGCAAACAAUGGCAAAGCAGUGCUGGAUUUAGUGGUUGUGCUGACCUGUUUACCGGAGGUACCCCAGCGAUGGCGUCCGCCAAGAACCAAGGCCCACUCCUUGCUACUGGAGACCGAUGCUGACAGCUGGGAAACGUAUGGUGAUGCUGAGGUUUUUAAUCUGGUGAAGGAGUUGACGGACGCGUCCAUCGCCGUCCUGUUUGAAUUGAUUCUCAUCGCUCAUCAGUCUAACUGGGGUAACUCCGAGGGGCGAUUCUUCAAUAUCUGCUGGCUCAUCAAAGUGCUGGAGUCGCUCCAGACCACCACGUACAAGUUUGUGGAGAGGCUGAUAUCCCGUGCCAUGCGUUUCCUGAUGCCAUCCAGCACAGAGACGUUAACCCCGGUCCAGGCUGUCCUCCUCUUUCAGCAGUUCUUCGUGCUGCAGACUCUGAUCCAGUACAGCAGUCCCAUAGCGGCCCACGUACGCAGUAACUACACAGAGGAGUUCAGGUACUACGUACGAUCCCCGCACAUCGUGAAUAAACUCCCGACCGACUACCCGAUUACCAAGAUAACCCUACGGCUGAUCAGUGAGGUUCUGAGUCACGUCCUGCAAGAACGCACGACGCUGCAGGCUGCUAAAUAAAGCCAGCGAGUACCAGCAACAUACGCCAUGAAUGGUGGUGAGUUGGAUACUUCAAGGUGGCACCACUCCUGGGUAUUACUCCUGGGCCACUUUUCACACUUCUCACAGGGCUGCUGAGCACAACAAUUUGCUUAGCAUGAAAUUUCUUCCUUGAU